AGGCCAGCGCCGGACCAGACAACACCUCCGUCCACUCCCUCCGUCUUCGCCUCCUCUCAGCCGGGACGGUCGCUGGAGGAGGACCAUGUGAUGGGUGGAGGACGACCCUCCGCCGAGGAGCAGCGACGCAAGCCCAGGAACCUCCCGCCCCUCCACCAGAAGCCGCGCAGCCCGCUCAUACAGGCGAGUCCACUGGAGCGCGAUCUGUCCGCCCGAUUUAUCGGGUCGCCGCCGCCGUCCGGUCUCCGGCGGGAUGAGUCCGGCGACGCAUUCGAGGUGCGGCGAGGCAGCGUGUCGGCCAGCGAGAGCGGCGAGGAACAGGAUCGUGUGGUGUACAAGCCUUCCAACCCUCUACUGGAGCUGUCGCAGCCUCGCAUCACCCUCCACACUGCCCCGAGGACCGGAUCACCGCCCCCGCCGCACGCCAUCGUGAGCGCCGAGAGUGUGGUCAACCUGGCCGGCUCCUCCUCCUCACUCUCCCUGCGCUCCCUGUCGGCGGCGGCGGCGGCGACGACGGAGGCUCUCUCUCUACACCAGGCACUCACACCUCCUCCUAAACUGGUCGCCUACCGAGCCGAGGGCGGCGCGAAUGCCGUGCAGGAGUGGGUGGCUGACGAGGCCGGUGUGGGACUGGCUUCACCGCCCCGCAAGAGUUCCUCUCCAUCUAUCCGCGACCUGCCCUCUCCUGUGAUGGGGCCUCACGCCUUCAACCGCCCACCUCCGCCCGCACAGACCGCCCGCAGAACUAGAUCAACAGUCAAACUUUCCCCCAUUAAUAAGUAGGACGUUCCUCGAAGCUCACAAACUUGCUCGCCCGCAGAAUGGUCUUGAAGGAUCGGGAGGCCAGGAUGGAUUUAGUGGUAAACUUGAUACCCAGUCGGCACAAUAUCCAAGAACAACGCCAGUGCAAUGUCGAACCAACGCCACUCUUGAAUAUGGUUCCUUAUAGGUCGUAGCCACAACGUUACCUUUACGUUGUCGGUUAUUUUGUGUAUUUGCCGGGACGCUAAGGUUAUAAUGUUACAGAAAACGGGUGUUCAUGGCUUGGUUGGAGACAUACUACGGUAAAUGCGAUAUUGUGCUAGCAAUAUAUAAUAAUAUAUUAUAUAUAUUAUAUUAAUAUAUAUUAAUAUAUAUUGAUAUAUAUAUAAUAUAUAUAUAAUAUAUUAAUAUAAUAUAUAUAUGUACAGGAAAUCUUAGUGGAAGGUAUGGUUUAGUAUCAUAUGGGUCUGUAUCUUAUUUUGAGCACAGCUAGACCAUGGCCAGGAUUCAUCGAGCAUUUACGCAAUCAACACUUCUUUCCUUAGUUAUGGAGGCUUUUUUUUAUAAAGUUUAGUAUGAAAAAAAAUAUAGAGGAAAGUGCCAAGCCAUUACGACUAUAUAGCACUUGGGAAGGGGUCAGAAAGAGGUUUUGGGAUGGGACGGGGGGGGGGGGGAGCUUUGUUUACACAAGCUUCGAAACAACCCAACCCAAGGACUCCUGGUUCAUCCUUGACGACGAGCGGACGUCUGGACGCCACCUCCGCCUGGGAGCCGCCGGAUCACGCUCUGUUUUGUGAUUUUGGAUUUGAUGCUGCCGUUUGGUAUUCUUAUUCCACGGUCCGGAUUGUAAGACGCCUGGCGCACAUAUCGCCUUGGGUCACAGGAUCGUUGAUAGAUAUUUUAACGUUUUCUGGCUGGUUCUCCCGGCGGGUAGACGGUGUCCGGCGGCGGCUUGACCGAGAGGUACUGGAAGUUGCCGCUCUUGGUGGGCUUUUGGUGUGCCCUGAGACGUGGUGGGCUAGUGGUGUGCCCUCAGCCGUGGUGGACACCUGGUGUGCCCUGAGACGUGGUGGCGGUUGGCUUCUGCUCUGUCGGAAGGCACUGGUUGAUAUUUUACGGUAUAGUUGGCGGCCGAGUUUUUGGUUUUGCUACCCAGUGUUCUCUGUGUGGGGCGGGGCCGGUGCUUGUCACCCUGAGGGACUCCUGGGGCUCCUCAAUCGUCUGCCCGUCUGUGCGUUUAUUUGUCGUAAAGGCAUAUUCGUUUCUGGUGUUAUGCGUCAUUCGUUUCGCCAUUAGGAUUUGCGUUUAACCCUUUACGAGUACACCUGGGCGCAUCAGAUCCCACGAUCGUCGUCGCCCUAAUUCACAGCAGCAACAACAACAACCACCACCCAACCCAAGGUUAUUAUUGCUGUUAACAACUUAAUUAUGCUUUAGAGCUCAUAAACUUGUUGGUAUAUUAUUACAAAACCAUCAUGAUUAAAGAACGAUGUACAGGUUUCUUAAGUGCAUGUGUAACUACUUGAUGCAAUUGGUCCUGAGCUUUCCAGAUGAUACUCUGCCAAGAUAAUUCAAGAUAUCCUUAACUGUUUAGCUUUAUGAUCGAUGUCAUCUUGGUCCCUUGUUACCGACCUCUGAGAUCUGUCAUCAUUUACUGAUGUGUACCUCCCACGUCAAGUACUUCAUGUGCCCUGCCUUUACGAGGCCUUUUCCUUUUUUUUACAUAUAUAAAUUUAUAGAUGUGCUCCGUUGUGGACGGAUGUUGUCUCUUGAUGUCUGUAUUGCUGGCACAUCGUGAGAUGGUUACGGCAUUGUUGCUUUAAUAGCCAACCCCGCCCCCCU